UAAAAGAGAGAGAGAGAUGAAGAGAGAGCGCUUUACUGCAGUAUCACUACAUUUCAGCAUCACUCAUCAAAACUCUGCGGCAUGCGGACUGUAAGGAAUUGCUAUUUCGUAUGCAGGUGACUAACUUACUGCUAAUUACAUGGCUACAACUCACAGUAAAGCCUGUGGGGUCCCCUACAGGAUAGCUCCCACAUUACACACAUAAUCUCCUAUGUAACCGAACACUGUGUGCCCGAAGAAGAUCCUACGAUGACGGACAGACAACUGAGCCAAUGGCGGAAGACUACAGACUACAACCAGCUGAACCAAUCCGGAGAUCCGAUCUUCCUAGGGUCAACCUACUUUCUGUGACGUAUAUAAGGGCUGUGCUGACUGUUUACGCUCUCUCUGCCUGCUGUUCCAACACGAACUAACGGAAGAGCCGUAUUUACGUGUACCAGAUAUUCUCCCUCUGAAAUAAACUGUCGCUUGUCGUACAAUUUUAACACCUGGUCUGAAUCGAUCCUUAACCGGCUCACCCUUCUAAUAUCCUUUUAUCAACAGGACGAGAACGGCAGAUGCCGGGGUUGUACUGAGUGUAGUGUCAACAUUAACUGUAAUUAGAUACCCUAGCACGGAGCUGCCAGAUUUUCAUCCAUCUUGCAAAGCAGCUCUUCAUUUGUGCACUUGAUAGCGGUUUUCUGCUUUCUAUCUGAGUAAUUGGCACCCGUUUGUUUCCAGAGCAACUCUGUAACAAGUUUUGUAGUGUAGGCCUACCUCACAGCUAGAUACUUCACAUAUCACCCUAACGACUAUCUACAUUAGGCUAUAAAGCCCGGUAAUAAAAACAUCUAGAAAUGGCAAAAGAUGCCGAGAAGAGCACUUGGAAGGACACCAUAUGGAACCCCAGUACGCGGGAAUUUUGUGGCAGGACAGCGAGCAGCUGGGGCCUCAUCCUGCUCUUCUACCUAGUGUUCUACAUCUUCCUAGCAGGCAUGUUCUGCCUCACCAUGUAUGUCAUGCUGCAGACCUUGGAUGACCACAAACCCACCUGGCAAGACAGGCUUAGCACACCAGGCAUGAUGAUCAGACCCAGGGGAGACACCAUGGAGAUCAACACCCACAACACUGAGAGCUGGGACAUGUAUACCAAGACCCUGGACAACUUCCUCUCCUCCUACAACAACGCUCUGCAGGCUGAAAAGAAUGACAAGUGCACACCGGACCAGUAUUUUAUUCAGGCAGACACCGGUGAUGUGAAGAACAACCCCAAGCGCUCCUGCCAGUUCAACCGAUCCCUUCUACAAGAGUGCUCUGGCCUCAAUGACCAUACCUAUGGAUACCAGGCUGGCAAGCCAUGCAUCAUCAUCAAGCUGAACCGGGUCAUUGGGAUGUUGCCAGGAAAGGAUGGCCAGGCUCCAUUUGUCACUUGUGGAGCGAAGAAAGAAGACUCUGAUAAGAUUGGAGAGGUGGCGUACUACCCUGAAAAUGGCGCCUUCAACCUCAUGUACUACCCUUACUAUGGCAAGAAAGCUCAGGUGAACUACUCCCAGCCUCUGGUUGCCAUUAAGUUCCUCAACAUCACCCUCAACGAAGACAUCAACAUCGAGUGCAGGAUCAUCUCCAACAACAUUCCUCCUGGGAGUGAAAGAGACAAGUUUGCUGGAAAAGUGUCUUUCAAACUGAGGAUCAACACUAAACAAUAGAUGUACCUUCUCUUUCUCUCACAAAUAUUCACACUGACAUGCUGUGCACAGGUACACACACACAUACAGAAACAGAUAACAGAAUUAACACCCUCAGUUUGACGAAUAGAAUAUGUUUACAACUUUCAUUUACCCUCGAUGUCGGGCAUUGUAUGCCCAGUUUAGUGAUGUCAGAUUGGUGCAGUAAAAAGGGGGGUAAUUCUGUCUCUGUUUUUGUGUGUGAGAUUUGGAACUGAUUCUGUUCUGUAAGUUAGUUUGACUUGAAGUCUAUUUAUCAACACGUCUUACCAGUUUACUGUGGGUCCUUCCUUGCUGCCUCCCUCUAGAGUGCCCCUUUAUAUACCAAUAUACACUAAAUCCAAUACAAAACGUGUAUAUCUAUUUAUAUAUAAUGUCCUUAUAUCAGUAUGUCUAUUUUGUUGCACUUGAAUAGUUCAACAGCUAAACAUAUGAUGUAAAAAACAUUUUGGUGGAUGAAUGCAGAGACAGAGUCAUUUUUCAUGUGUGUAUUGUCUUUCGUGUCCUAAGAAAGCGGGAGGCCUCAUGUCCCAGCUCUCUGCUCUGCUAUGUGGGAAUUAUUCAUUAGGUUAUGUUAAACCACUGGUCACCAGCACUCUGCAGUGAUCAUCCAGUUUAGCCCCCCCCCCCAACACCACAUAGCCAUUGUGUGAAUGAAAUGUGAGCUAUAAGAAGAUAGCAUCUCCAACAUGGGGAGUUAUAGAGGUCAACACCUUUGAGUAUGUGUGUGUAUGCGUGCGUGUAUGUUUGUAUGUGUGUAUGUACUGUAUGUGUAUGUUUGUAUGUGUAUGUUUGUAUGUGUGUGUACUGUAUGUGUGUGUGUGUGUGUGUACUGUAUGUUUGUAUGUGCAUGUUUGUAUGUGUGUGUGUGUACGGUAUGUGUAUAUGUACUGUAUGUGUGUGUGUGUGUACUGUAUGUUUGUAUGUGUACUGUAUGUGUAUGUUUGUGUGUACUGUGUUUGUAUGUAUCUGUGUGUACUGUAUGCUUGUAUGUAUCUGUGUGUACUGUAUGCUUGUAUGUACUGUAUGUGUAUGCUUGUAUGUGUGUGUGUACUGUAUGUAUAUGUUUGUGUGUGUGUGUGUAAUGUAUGUGUGUGUACUGUAUGUAUGUUUGCAUGUGUGUGUGUACUGUGUGAAUGUUUGUGUAUGUGUGUACUGUGUUUGUAUGUCUAUGUUUGUAUGUGUGUGUGUACUCUUAUGUGUAUGUCUGUAUGUGUGAGUGUACUGUAUGUUUAUGUGUACCGUAUGUGUAUGUUUGUACGUGUGUGUACUGUGGUAAACUGUUGGGUGGAGUGUGCAGAGAUUGACACAGAGAUAGGGAGGCUUUAGUCCGCAAAAACAACUUUACUAAGACAGAAAAUAAAUACAUCAAAUAAGUAACUUAGGUUUUGCUCGGUCUUCCUUCUCUCUCCCUUCUCUUCUGUGGCUUGGUUUCGGUCUCUCCCAGUUCUCUCCCACGGUGUGCCACCGUGCUCCUUUUAUUUAGCCCCCACAGCUGGUUGGCACUUUCCUCUAAUUACCUCCACUUAGAGCUGUCCAUGUCGGGGUGCCCAGCUCCCGUAUUCCCAGCAGAGGGAGCCAACAUCGCCUCACGUACCUCCCCUCUAUUACCAUCCCCCGGGGUAGACCUCCUGGGAUACCACAGUGUGUACUGUAUGUGUAUGUUUGUAUGUGUGUGUGUACAGUAUGUGUUUGUUUGUAUAACAAAAUUCAGUUAGCAAGAAAAAUUUUAUACUGUAGGUUGGGAAUUUGCAUAUGCAAUGUGCAAUAUUCAUUAGAGUGACAAAUCAUAUUCAUUCUUCACAUUAAACAGGACUCUUUUGUUAUAAACACUUGAAUUGCACAUCAGUCAUGAAUUGGAUCAGUCUUCCAUAACAUGGAUAUACAUUGUUCUUACAGUGUAGACACGUGGUUUGUGUUCACAGCUGUGUCCCUCCAGCUCAAGGGUUAGGUCUUUUUGCAUGUACAUCACAUAUAUAUUUGAUUUUGUAUUGAUUUGCGCUGGUUUGUGUUUUUCUUGUGAAGACGAGAUGCUUAUGGUUCUGUGGAGAAGGACAAAUAGAGAGUUUGUUUUUGUUUCUAUGUUUGUUUAAACAUUUUUACAUGGCUUGUUACUGCUGUCAUAGCCUUCAAACUGAGAUGCACUGACUGCAACGUUUCUGAUUACAUUGACCAGAAUGUCUAUAGGGCUGUUUUGGUAAUACCGGUCAUUUGUUUGAUUUUUGAAGGAUUCUCUGCCAUUCUAUUGCUUUAAACAGAGGAGUACAACAGACCAACCAACCUUGGAGUUGGAGGCUGUACUCUUAACUAUAAACAUCUACAAUUGAGCGUUUAGGAAUUUGCUGUAGCAUGGUGGUCAAUGUGCUGUUGCACAGAUACCCUGGAUGUGCUGCUGACUUGAUUAGGUACACAUAAUAAGAAAAGCCCGUCCAUCAGUUGAGGAAUCUGUGGAUCUGAGCGAGCGCUGCUGAACCCAGGCACCUCGCCUUGGCUGUGACAUUGUGCAGAUGUGACUGAUCCUGCUAUGACAUCAUAGCAACACUUUCAGAACACUGGAAUCUGUUCACUCAAAUGAAGGAUUGGGUUGACUUUUAGGGCCUAUUCUUUUCUGUCAGUAUUGUAUAUCAAUACAUUCUCCUUCAUUUGGAUUGAAGUGGUGCCUCGGUAAUAUCAUCAUCAAGACUGACAGUAAUACUAUGUUUUGUUUGAUAGAUGUGCUGUAUAAUACAUGUUGAGGUAUAUAGGAGUGAUUGAACAAAGUAAAUUGACUCCAUGCUAAACAUGCAUGCUGCAUGUAGCCUACCAAUAGUCCUUGUUUUUGAGCAGUGCUAGUGCUACGUAUUCCUUAUCAUUCCUGCUCCACUCAGUCUGUAACGCUUCAUUUCACUGUAAUCUCUUAAUCUGGUCAAAUAAUCCAAAACAGGUCCCCUUCUUUAUCCUCUCUUUGUAGUUCCAUCUUGUGUCAACCCUCCGUCUUUUGCUCUUUCUCUCUCUCUCUCACUCACUCUCUCUCUCACUAACACACAUACGAAUCAUCCAUGCUUUCUGUUAAGAUAUGUAAGGUUAGGAAAGACUAUGGUAUGUAUUUAGUUCCACAGUUACUUUACACUACAAUAUUAUCAGGGUUUUAUCCAUGUGACCCACAUAUUGCCAUGUUGUACCACAAGCCAUUUUUCCUCAUGAGCCCAUUCCAUUCACAAUUCAAUCUACAAGUAAAUGUGUAUACUAUCCAUGGUGUGUGUAGCCAUGCACUUACAGAUAUGUAUAUAUAUUCCUGAGGGCAAAAGUAAUGCUUUUCUUUGCUACAUACAAGAUUAGUCCUGCCACAUUCCCUCCAACCAAAGAUAUUCAUGAGAAUUGUAUUAGUAUGGAAAAAAACGUGCUGCAACUGCCAGACCACAGAUAUUUCUGAGAGAAAGGAUUUAAUUUAAAACAUGUUUCAGAAUGAUGUGUGAAUGUCAUUUCAUGAGCAGUCCUAUUCUUACAUAAAGAUACACAAAGAAGGAGCAUGUUUCACUAAAUGACAACAGUGCCUCUUGGUGGACAGAUCGUGUUGUUCCCCAGUGUUACCUGUUAUGUAAUAAUAUCUCCAUAUAUCCAGUUUUUAAGUGAUCAUUUGGACAUUUCUUCAAAAAGCAACAUAUUUAUUUGCCUGUACGUUUUUAUUCUUGGAAAGACUGCAACAAAUGUAUAGUAACAAAAAUAAUAAAGAGCUUGAGGAAGAAGACAGAAAGAACAUGGAAAUAUUACGUUCACAUAUAGAUAUACUUAUGUUUGCUAAUGCGCGUCUUCAAGAUUGAACAAUAGAAACAUAACGGUGUUGUUUUCAAAAAGGGAUAAAGUAUUUGUAUUGUUAUUUUGCUGAAAAGAGGAAAUAAUGUAUUAGCAUUGUAUUAAGACAGGGGUGCUACAUGGUAGGUUUUCAACCUGUAAUCUCAGAAUUCUGAGUGAGACUGAAGAAAACUUGACAAUUAAACACAUACCAAGUAGCA